ACUAACUGCGCGGUUUAUGACUAUCUAGGCGUCGUUCUGGAUGGUUUUAGGGGACUUUGAUUGAACUUAUGGACGUAUCCGAUAGAGAUACGAGCGAUUAUUAUGAUGAGUUUCACGAAGGACCUAUAACAGUUCCCCAACCAAAAUAUGAUCCUUUUUUCACACGGAAUGUAAGGAUUAUUGAUGACCUUCUAGUCGAUGAAAAACGUUAUCACACAACACCGGGAUUUUGUGUUUCUCAACCCCCUGCGAGAAAAACAUGGAUGAGGCGCUCUCUUCUCAACUGGCUUAGAGAUGUAGGUUGAUGCGUUUGGUUUAAUAAAUAUCAGAUCUGUAUACAUCGUGGAACAGAUGGUGAGGUUCUAGCACAUGCAACGCAACUAAUUGACCGUUAUAUGCACAUAGUCCCUACUGAACAAGAUGAAUAUCAGCUAGUGGGAGCUACUUGCUUUUUUAUUGCUAGUAAACUAAAGGAAACUGUACCUAUUCAUUUAAGGAAGGUAACGGAGUACACAGCAAAUUCACUAACGGAACAAGAUGUAUUGGCCAAGGAAUUGACUAUUUGUAUAUCGCUCAUGUGGGACCUAAAUUGUAUAACUCCAGUAGACUUCAUCGCCCCUGUCGUCGAAUACCUUGAUUUCGUACCAAGUUUGCGUCAGAUAAUUCGCCAGGCUGCUCUUUGUAUCUUCAUUAAAGCUUUUCAUGGUUUAUUUUGGCUUUUCUUUACAGUCGAAGAAAUUGGUUUGUACGUGCCUAGUUGCAUGGCAGCUGCAUGCAUUCUCUAUGCACUUAAUUUAACUGUACAUCGUGAUUUGAGUGAUGCUGCUAUCCGAUCAGUCACUCGUAUUCAAAAAGUUUUGAAGCUUGAAGCGAAAAAGAUACGUGAAGCAUAUCAAGUCCUUCAAGCUUGCUUUGAACCAGGAACAGUGCAACUAACUAAAGCUGUACUAGAUGGUGAUAUAGAACCUCCGGAUAGCCCUGUUCGAGAGGUCUCAGUCCACUCAGCUCAUCAAUCGCUUCCUUCUGCCAUGGCAUCAGUUAGUGCAACUGUACUACAGCCUGUGACAAAUGUGGUAUAUACUCAUUCACAUCUUGAUGUUUCGAAUCAGUCUUCCACCGACAUCCCUUCGUUAUCUAAUUCUAUGGUUUGUGCAAAUAACGGUGUCAGUUUCGAUCGUAGCUGCAAACAUACCGCUUCUACUUCUCUUUCAGCAUGUUCUACAUCGUCCCCUCCAUCAGAAGCUGAGACCUUGGGGUUAAAUGAGCUCGAAAACGAGAACUCUCGGUGUGCAUACAGCAGUCGAUCCCGGUUAUCCAUGCCCUUGAUACACUACUCUCACACAACUCAGUUUUGUCAUCAUUCCGAUGAAAAUGAUACUGUGAACUUGAGUAAACGUAAACUUGUCCCGAUAGUUUGGAAUAAUUCAGUUUCAAAUCGGACAAAACAAUAUAAAUAAGGGUUGUAUUCAAUGUAAAAUUUUAUUCUACUUAAGAAAAAGCAAUCGGUCAGCUGUAUUUAAUAUUUUUUUGAUUUUUUUCUUUGUACUUUAUUUCUGCGGAAUCAUUGCUUGCUACUUUUAAAUCCAUCUAAGAAUAAUUUCUUCGACUCUAAUCAUUUUUCUUUUAAUUACUCUGACACAGUGUGUCUGCUAAAGUUUUUACCUACAAACAGCAAAUUAUUAUUAUUGUCUUUUCAUUUUAUUUGAAUCAUGCUUUUUUUAGUAGCUAUUUCAUGAUAAUCAUUGUACAAUUUCGGUCCUCAUAAUAUCCUCAACGGACUCCUUGUACCUAUUAACAUAAUUAAUGAUCAUGGUAAUAAUAAUCAAUUGAUUUAUUCCGAAAAAUAUGUGUUUUUAUCCACCG